AUGGUGGCGUGUGCUGCUGUGGCCACUCAUCCUCCGAUCUCGCUGGCAGUGCCCAUGACAUCUUGCGCACUGACCGUUGAGCAACUGAAGCAGCAUCUCCUCGCCGCCGUCGAAAAUGGGAAGAGUGAAGUGGCUUGCGACGUACUGUCGGAGCUUGAGAAGUCCUCGAUCACAAAGGAGAUUCUCGAGUCUACGCGCAUAGGAGCAACAGUUAAUGAGGUCCGGAAGAAGACUGCGGAAACAUUCCCCGUUGUCUCAAAGCGAUGUCGUGCACUGAUAAAAGCAUGGCAGAAGCUAGUGGAGGUUCGUUCAGUGUCAAGUGCGACAUCUUCUGCUAACGGGACUCCGAAUUUAGUCUCUCCGAGCCUUGCGAAGCUCUCACGGAGGGUUACACCGUGUACGCCGAUAAAUCGGAGAGUCAGUUCCACUGGUCUUACAGGAAGUGCAGCAAGCAGUGCGACAGUAUCUCCUGCGAAUGGUAGUUAUGCACCCAAGCAGCUAACAUCGCCUAGCAAUGGAGUGAUACAUAAGACGCAGUCUGUGGGUACUGAAGUUAUCCAACGUGGGGAGGAUCCUCGAAAUGGUAAACGGAAGUUGGACGAUGGGAAUUCAAACGCGAUGACCACAUCUUCGGGAAUGAGGCGUACUAAAACCGCAAUUGGAUCUUUGGUGUCUCCGGUUACACCGACUGUUUCCGUGCUUGCUGCAAGAAAAGCGGUUCAGAGCACGAAAGACUUGGUUGCGGAACUGAGUCAGAAUUUACCAGAGCACAUGAGCAUCGACUCUUCUAUAAGAGAGCACGAAGAGAGGGUAAAACGCGAGCAACAGGAUGAAGAGUACGCGAUGCAAUUGUACGGUGGAGCAUCAGCAAGUGCCCCACAUGCUCAACCAGAAAGGAAGAAACGGAAAUACGAACGGAAGUUGAAGCCUCAAGAAUCGCCAGUUGAUUCUACCCCAGGGUAUUUAGUGUCGUCUGGUUCUUGUCGCCUAAUUAUUCGGCUGCCACGGGUUGCUCCGGUCAAGGAGGAACCGGAUAAUGAAGUAGACCAUAAUUCCUGUCCCAUGCUUGGAGCAACUUUUUCGCGUCCUGAAAGUUCGGUAGCUGGUGAUACUGUGAAUCAAAGUGACGGCAAAAUAGAUUGGUUAGCAAUGUUGCCAUCCAUGGAGGAGUUGCAGGCCAAAGUCAACGAUAUGAAAGCAGAAGACGAGAACAGAAAGCAAGCACAACACCAUCCCACAAAGGCCUAUCUUAUCCGUGUGCGAGACCGUAACGUGCUUGCCCUUCCAUACUUGGAUGUGCCAACUGUACCCGAUUUCAUUCAAUACAGGUAUCCGAAUCCUGCGCAGUAUUACGCAGAGGAAAAUUUCAUCUACGGUGCUCCACGUGGUACAUGA